AUGGCAGAUAAAAAAAUUGACUCGUUGAACGUCGCUAAGCCUACCGGCAAUGCUGGCGAUAAAUGCGACGUUGAAGUGGGAGCAGUAACGGAACUGGACGAGACGGAGAUAUUUCUGCGUGAGAACGGUGUCACGCACUCCAAGAUUCAGGAAUUAUCCCAGGAUGAAAGCCGAGUCAAGGCUUUGGUCAGGCGCGUCGACUUGAUUCUCCUGCCUCUCCUUUGCAUCACGUUCAUCUUACAAUUCAUCGACAAGCAAGUUCUUUCUUACGGAGCUGUAUUCGACCUUUUCACAGACACGAACAUUACGAGUGAAGAAUAUAGCUGGCUCGGCAGCCUUUUUUACUUUGGUGCGCGAACAAGUAUCCAGCAAUCUUGCGAUGCUCGCGUAGAGGCUAAUAAGAAAAUAGGCUUUCUGUUCGCGGAAUACCCGGCCAGCUAUCUCGGACAGAUCUUUCCAAUUGGAAGGGUAUGUUCUAUCUUCGUGAUUCUCUGGGGUAUAACCACCAUGGCCACUGCCGCAUGCUACAAUUUCCAAGGUCUAGCGGCUCUUCGAUUCCUCCUAGGUUGCUUUGAAUCCCCUAUCAGCCCCUGCUUCUUCAUGAUCAUUGGGACCUGGUAUAUUCGAAAAGAUCAGCCUUUCCGUGCUGGUAUAUUCUACAGCUGCAAUGGCCUUGGCGUGAUGAUUGGAGGGAUCAUGAAUUAUGGAGUUGGGCAAUUGAAGUCGUUCCAGAUUUGGAAGGCACUAUAUCUCAUUUGCGGAGGUGCAACUUUACUUUGGGGUUUUGUUCUCCUUUGGUUACUGCCACAGAGCAUCACAGAUUGCAAACGAUUUACAAUCGAAGAGAGGGCAAUACUCAUUGGCAGGGUUGCGGCGAAUCAAACGGGAAUACUCAACAAGAAGUUUAAACUAUACCAGGUCCGAGAGGCUCUGCUCGAUGGUCAGGUUUGGUUACUAUUUUUCUUCACUUUGUUCAACGAAACGAUUAACGGAGGUUAUGCUACAUUCGGUAAACUUAUUGUGAAAGGAGUUGUCAAUGGGGACACGCUAAAGACUGUUUUAUAUGCCUUUCCUUCGGGUGGCUUUCUUACCUUUUUCAUCCUGAGUGGAACUUUCAUAUCAACAAAGUUCAAGGAUAGCCGCACCAUUGUCAUGAUAUUGUACCUCUUCCCUACAAUUAUCGGCACGACACUCGUCUGGCAACUUCCAAGGUCUAACAAAUACGGUCUUUUGUUAUCAUGCUACAUCAUCAAUUCUUUUGUUGCCUCUCUGGUUUUGUCUAUCCAGAUGGCGGGAGGAAAUGUAGCAGGCUAUACGAAACGUCUCACGUCAACAUGCUUCAUUUUUAUUGCAUAUUGCGCAGGGAAUAUUAUCGGUCCACAUGCAUUUGUCGGCGCCGAAUCUCCGACUUAUCCCACUGGAUGUAAGACCAUCAUUGCCUGCGCGGCCGGCCAAGUUGUUUGCGUUGUCUUGUUGCGAGUUCUGCUAGUACGGAGAAACAAACUGCGGGAUGAAGCGCAUGGCGCAGCGGAAGUUACGAUGAACACGGAAGAUGCCAUUCUUGAUUUAACCGACUUUGAGGUACGUCACACCCAGAAUCCUAAAAAACAAGCCUAG